AUGACAUUCUCAAAAGUCUUUCUUUUGCUGAUCGCUUCUUUGCUGAUCGCUUCUUUGCUGAUCGGAAACACCAACGUCAUAGGCCAAGAAACUGGUUGUUCCCUUCACGAAUUUUUGACUUGUCAUCCACGGGCUAAAUGUAUAGACUUAGCUGAUGGUUCCUUUAAAUGCGAAUGUCCAGAUGCGUUAUCGGUAAGUAAAUUAUCUAUCUAUCUAUCUAUCUAUCUAUCUAUCUAUCUAUCUAUCUAUCUAUCUCACACUCCCUCUAUCUCUGUUCGUUUCUUUGUUUUCUUUCUUUCUUUAUUUCUUUCUUUCAUUCAUUCAUUCAUUCAUUCAUUCUUUCUUUCUUUCUAUUCAAUAUCACUUUCUCUCUCUAUCUAUUCAAGCUUUAUCUCUCUCUGUUGGUCUGUUCGUUUCUUUGUUUUUCUAUCUUUAUCUCUGCUGAUAUAUAUCUAUGUUCUUUUUCUCUCUUUCUCUCUUUUUCUUUCUUUCUUUCUUUCUAUCUAUCUAUCUAUCUAUCUAUCUAUCUAUCUAUCUAUCUAUCUAUUCGGUCUCUUUCUCUCUGUUAGUCUGUUCGUUUCUUUGUUUUCUAUCUAUCUAUCUAUCUAUCUAUCUAUCUAUCUAUCUAUCUAUCUAUCUUUGUUUGUUCUUUUCUUUCUUUCUUUCUUUCUUCUUUCUUUCUUUCUUUCUUUCUAUCUUAGUUUGUUCUUUUCUUUCUUCUUUCUUUCUUUCUUUCUUUUUAUCUAUCUAUCUAUCUAUCUAUCUAUCUAUCUAUCUAUCUAUCUAUCUAUCUUAGUUUGUUCUUUUCUUUCUUUCUUUCUUUCUUUCUUUCUUCUUUCUUUCUUUCUUUCUUUUUAUCUAUCUAUCUAUCUAUUAAAACUCUCUCUGACUAUCUCUGUUAGUCUAUUCGAUUUUUUGUUUUCUAUAUAUCUAUCUCUAUCGAUCUAUCUCUGUUUAUUUCUAUCUCUCUAUCUACUUAUCUAUGUUAGUCUCUUCUUUUCUUUUCUUUACUUUUUUCUUUCUUUCUCUCAUUCUCUAUUUCUCUCUUUCUAUCUAUCUAUCUAUCUAUCUAUCUAUCUAUCUAUCUAUCUAUCUAUCAUGCGUGUUGGAAAAUCACUUUUUGAAACCACUCCCGGAUUCCUCUUUCUUUCGCUUACAAAUCGUCUUGGCGCGCAUUUAACAUGUUCUUCUUUUCGUUUUCUUUUUACAGAAGGUGAACAUGUCUCCUGUCUCGACAACAGUACAUGUCACAAGACCUUGGGAUUUUGCAGCAGCAGCAGGAUAUGUGAAUGUAUGGUUGGAUUCACGGGCGACGGCGUUUCAGAUUGCAAAGACAUCGACGAAUGCAACUCAGACAACACCGGAUGUCACAGAAACGCUCGCUGUGUUAACACCUUGGGCUCCUAUGAUUGUAUAUGCAAAACCGGCUUCAAAGGAGACGGAUUCGUUUGCAAUAGUACCUGCAUUGAUGACCGCAACUGUAAAGAGAACGCAAUUUGCAACAUGCAAUCACAACAAUGUCAGUGCAAAGAAGGAUAUGAAGGACCCGCUGAUAAUUGCACAGACAUCAACGAAUGUAAAAAGUCGGGCUAUUGUGACAAUAACGCCAUCUGUACCAAUCUACCCGGAUCUUAUAACUGCACAUGCAAACCCGGUCUUUAUGGUGAUGGUCACUUUUGUUCUCGAACUCCAAAAACGUGUCAGAUUGUCAUUGACAAGAAUCCGAGAGCUCAGUCAGGUUCUUAUGAAAUUGAUCCAGAUGGAGCCGGACCUUUGAAGCCCAUAAAAGUGUACUGCAUAAUGCGUGCAUACGAAGUGUGGGAAAGAAUUCUGGAUUUUGUUACCAACACAUGUCUUAUAAAAGCCGCCGUUCGCCUCUUUUCGAUGGUGGCACGUACUGGACAGAUGGAACCGGAGGAAAACAGUUUAACUGGGGCGGAAGUAAUGAAACCGGAAUGGUCAGUAUCUAUCUAUCUAUCUAUCUAUCUAUCUAUCUCUAUAUGCUUGUUUAUCUACCUAUUUGUUAUAGUCUUGGCGCAUGUUUAUCUAUCUAUUAUACUCUCUAGAAUUAUCUAUCUAUCUAUCUAUCUAUCUAUCUAUCUAUCUAUCUAUCUAUCUAUAGUCUCUAGGCUUGUUUAUGUCUCUCUCUCUCUCUCUCUCUAUCUAUCUGUCUAUCUUAUAGUCCCUAGACUUGUUUAUCUAUCUAUCUAUCUAUCUAUCUAUCUAUCUAUCUAUCUAUCUAGUUAG